AUCGGGAUCUGAUCCGAUCGGGCUGGUUCUUGCGGUCGCUCGCCUCGCCUGCUCGCCUCGAUCGACCGAGGACGGCGGCGGCCAGAGCCGUGUGAGAGCUCCGUCGCGCGGGCCAGAUCUGCGGCUGCACCAUGGAGGGCAACAAGGAUGACGCGGUCAAGUGCCUGCGCAUCGGCAAGGACGCCCUCGACGCCGGCGACCGCGCCCGCGCCAUCAAGUUCCUCUCCAAGGCCAAGCGCCUCGACCCCGCCCUCCCCAUUGACAACCUCCUCUCGCCGCUCCUCAACCCGCAAGACGACGCCUCCUCCCCCUCCCCCUCCUCGUCCUCUUCAUCAUCUCCACAGCCCCCGCCGCCGCCGACCCAGCCUGCAGCAGCUGAGGCUGAUGGGCUGAGAAAGAGGACGCAGAAGGGCAAGAAGAGACAGGAGGAAGAGGAGACGGGUGCGAGGGACUACACGGAGGAGCAGCUCGAGGUGGUGCGCCAGGUCAAGAAGCACACCAGAGACUACUACCAGAUUCUCGGCCUCGAAAAGGACUGCACCGUGGAGGACGUGCGCAAGGCCUACCGCAAGCUCUCCCUCAAGGUGCACCCCGACAAGAACAAGGCCCCAGGCGCCGAGGACGCCUUCAAGGCUGUCUCCAAGGCCUUCCAGUGCCUCAGCGAUGCCGAGAGCCGCAAGCGCUAUGACCUUGUUGGCUCUGAUGAGCCGGUAACAUACAACAGGAGGGCGGCAUCCACCGCCCGUGCAUACAAUGGAUUCUAUGAGGAUGACUUUGACCCGGAUGAGAUAUUCAGAAACUUCUUUGGUGGGAUGGCGCCGGCAACCACCAGACAGUUUGGACAGUUUGGGACGUUCCAUUUCAGGACCGGUGGGAUGCAUGCCCAUGGACCGCAAAACUCUGGUGGCUCUACCGUCAGGAUGCUUGUUCAGCUGUUACCUGUCCUACUACUGCUGUUGCUCAACUUCCUUCCAUCCUCUGAGCCUGUCUACUCCCUCUCCCGCUCCUACCCUUAUGAGCACAAAUUCCAAACCCCACGUGGAGUCACAUACUAUGUCAAGCUGCCUAAUUUCGAGGAGCAGUAUCCACACCAAAGCACUGAGCUCGCGACACUGGAGCGGCAUGUUGAGAGGGAUUAUUACUCGAUAAUCACGCAGAACUGCAGGGUUGAGCUGCAGCGUCGCCAAUGGGGGCUGUCAUACCAGACACCACACUGUGAUAUGCUUAAGAAAUUUGAGGCAGCAGCACAGUAAUUCAUCCAAUUGUGCAAGGUUGACAGGGAGACGAUAACUCUUGUUGCGUGUAAAUGCAUCCAAUACUUGCUCCAUUGGCUACCAGCUUCAAAUUGGAGGAGACAAUUAGUUUGGACUCGUAGUAAAUUUUGUGGAAUAUACCCACUGCCUGGAUGCUUUCUUAGUGUUGAGCGCAAUACCUUAGCUACUUAAAAAAGGUCAUGUAAUCAUUAAGUUUCAUAGCGGUUGAUCACAUGCAGACCUGUGCAUGUAUAUGAAGUAUAUCUAUCCCAUUUUUUCUACUGCUCUUGGAGAAUACUUGACAGACAAUGCAACUAUGAAAAAAAUGGUUCUUCAUUU